AUGAACUCCACCGGUAGAGUGGUCGCCGUUUCUGUGGACGCCGACCUGGUGACCAUUUUUGUCGACCAGCUGAUUGUGGGUGCAGCCACUAUUCUCUGUCUGAUGGGCGCGCUUGACAAGAAUAACUGGAACCUGCCGCGCUACGUGGUCAUCCUCUACGGCUCAGUGAUACAGUUUCUCAAGUACAACGACUUCUCUGUGAACACGUCUGCCAGCUGCAAUCCCGCCACUGAUUUUGGACCACGACUGGCCCUCCUCUGCACUGGUUGGGGCACCGCCGCCUUUACCCACGGCAACUACGCCUGCUUCGUCCUAUUUUUCACACCCUUCUUGUCUGCUAUCGUCGGCGUCCUACUCUACGAGCUCUGCAUUGGCGUCCAUCUGCCCGGUGCUGGAGAAAAUUCCAAAAACUACGCAAAGACGCCCGAGCUGCCGAGUUGA